CGAAUGACCUGUCAUCCACUAGUUGUGAAUGACUUAACCGCAUACAUAUUUGUGUUGAUAAUAGCCUACAGUCUAAUUCAGGUUAAUUAAAUUCUUGCCUGAGAGGCGGGCAGUUAAACAGGAUCCUUGGCAAUUCAAUGAGGCCCCACAGACAGGAGAAGAGGGAAGAACAGGGGUGUUGAGAGAGAGAGUCAAAGACCGCCAGGCGCACGAUCCAGCGCUGAGAGCCAUCGACGAGGAAGUAUAAAUGAACCUGCGAUGUGGAAGAAGGAGAGCCGCUCGUCUCUGUAGCUCCUGCAGAGAUAGAUCGUCACCCGACAAAACGCGCGCACCGGCGAUAGCGAGAUGUCGAUGGGAUAAUAUCAGCAAUAAUGUGCCUUAUUGGCUUCUCGGCAGUGAGGUUUGUGGAGAGAAGUGAGACGGAGGAAGAGGAGGGGUAGACAGCCUGGCAGACAGGUGCGCGUUGAUAGUCUGUUUCAUUUUCUCUCGGUCCGUUUAAGUGAUAGAGCCAUGGAUACCCGUAAGGAAAGCAAGGUAAGAAGACAACCCAUGAAACCCAAAACGACGAAGGCAAAGGAGAAGAAAUACAAAUCUGGGAGGUUUACUAGACGGAAAUCGCUUCGAUCUUUUGGGAAUUUCAUGGGAAGGAUCCUUAAAACUUUGGGCACUUUAGCGCACUUUGGCGACGCGGAACAGCAGGACGCAGAAGACGACGACGGCGGUUUCGGGCAAAGCGCGUCGGGUGGUUUCAAAGAUAACUGUUCGCAGAUCUCCAGGGAAGGAACCGUAAAGAAGAGCUCCACGGUUUCGUCCAUUCACGGCUCGGUGAAAGACAGGCUGUCGUGGUGCUACGGCGACAAGACCCCGGGAGUGCUGGGACUGAAGAACCACGGCAACACCUGUUUCAUGAACGCCGUGGUUCAGUGCCUCAGCAACACGGACCUGCUCGCCGAAUACCUCGGGUUGGAGCAGUAUAAGUCGGAUAUUUGCCUCCAGAGGGUGAACGGGGAGGUGAGAGGAGCGGAGUCGCAGACCGCCAGGGGAGAGGUGACAGAGCAGCUGGCGUCGCUGGUUCGAGCGCUUUGGACGCUGGAGUACACGCCGCAGCUGUCUGUGGAGUUCAAGAGCAUUGUGGCCAAAUAUGCAUCUCAGUUUCGUGGAAACUCUCAGCAUGAUGCCCUUGAGUUCCUCCUCUGGCUUUUAGAUAGAGUUCAUGAAGAUGCCAAUUCCAGCCCUGACAACAAGAACAGCAGCACCAAGACCAAAGCCAAUGCCAAGGGGGCCAGUUCAUUGGAUAAUGCUUCCAGUCCCAGUGUAGCCAGCAUACAGCAACCUCGAGGGCGACACAGUUUUGUCCACGAACACUUCCAGGCUCAGUACAGGUCUUCUCUGACGUGCCCCCAUUGCCUUAAGCAGAGCAACACCUUUGAUCCAUUUUUAUGCAUCUCUCUGCCUAUUCCUCUACGACAAACCAGGCCAAUGUGUGUGACGUUGGUGUUCAACACAAAGGGUCAGAGGCAUCUGCGAGUGGGGCUGGCUGUACCGCUGUUUGGCUCCCUGUCCAGUCUGAGAGCUUUGGUAGCAGCAGAGGGCAACAUCUCUCCUGACCAGGUCAUCCUGGUGGAGUUGUAUUCCACGGGGUUCCAGCGUUCCUUCUCAGAUGAAGAAGACCUGACUGCAAUUGCUGAUAGCGAUGUUGUCUAUGCCUUCCAGGCUCCUUCACUCUCCAGUCGUGGAGGCUCCGCACAACACUCAGGGUAUCACCACAGCCUCCCUUCCUCCCCCUACGCCUUCAUGGCUGGACCUGAUGGUCAGAGGUUACCUCCAUCUGGCACCCUCUCCUCUGAGUAUCUGAACCAGGGUAACUCCAAGGUCCUCCUCCUCAUCUGCAACACAGCUGGAUCUGCCUCGCAAGCUGUCAGGUUUGGACCUCCAUUUCUUAUCCUUGAGGACAGGAGUAUCUCCUGGGACCAGCUGCAUCAGAGCAUCCUCAGUAAGCUCUAUUAUCUGAUGCUGAAUGGAUCUCAGGCUCAGAGUGCUGGGGCGUUGUUUAAGAUCAGAGUGGUGGGAGGAUCGGCAGCCUACAGCUACCUGUCCCCACAGGACGGCAGGCCACUGUACCACCCUGCUGUUGACAGAGCUCUGAAGUUCUGCGGCCCAGGAGGACCCCCACAUGUGAAGCUUGUUAUCGAAUGGGAGCCAAGCACCAAAGAAUGUUUAUUUGGCAGCAUCCAGGAGGAAGUAGUGAAGGAUGCAGAGAGCGUGAGGAACCAGCAGCAACAACACCUUCAGCAGCAUAGCUGUACCUUGGAUGAGUGCUUUAAGCUGUACACCAAAGAAGAACAGCUUGCACCAGAUGAUGCCUGGAAGUGCCCCCACUGUAAGCAGCUUCAGCAGGGCAUGGUGAAGAUGAGCCUGUGGACUCUGCCAGACAUACUGAUCCUCCAUCUCAAGCGCUUCCGUCAGGUUGGAGAGCGAAGGAACAAGCUGUCAACACUCGUGCGUUUCCCUCUAACUGGUCUGGACAUGGCACCGCAUGUAGUGAAGAGAAGCCAGAGCAUGAAGAACCUGAAUAUGGGGCCAUCGCCACCUUCCUGGAAACAGCACUCAGGCCAACCACACCAAGCUGCUGACAUGAUGCUUCCUCACGAAUUCCUGUAUGAUCUUUAUGCUGUGUGUAACCAUCACGGGGGAAUGCAUGGAGGACAUUAUACUGCUUACUGUAGGAAUUCAGUGGAUGGUCAGUGGUAUAGCUACGACGACAGCAGUGUAGACCUGGUGCAAGACGAGGAAGUCUGCACAAGGGGUGCUUACAUCCUUUUCUACCAGAGACGAAACAUCAUUCCCCCGUGGUCAGCCAGCAGCUCCAUCAGAGGCUCCACAAGUUCAUCAGUGUCAGACCACUGGCUAAUCAGGCUGACAGGAGAGAGUAAGAGAGGCAGUCUGGUGUCUCAUACAUCCACCACCUGUCCGUCUUCCUUACCUGACUCUCCAGAGUCUCCAGUCUUCCUGGACAAUGGCUUCAAAGAUGAAAGAGGUGGAUUUGAGAAGAGGCCAUUUGUCAGAGGUCUUCAGGGGCGCAGCAUGAGCCUGAGAGCCCCCAGCAAAAACAAGGAUACCUUAAGCAGAGUACUUCCAAUGCGCUGGUCCUUUGGUUCCAAGGACCGACGAAAACCUGACCCAGUCCCUCCCCCUGAACCUGAUCCUGCCCCUGUAGAACUGGUACAGUACUUGGAAUCUGGCCGGCGUCCCCGGUGCACAAAGGAUCCGAUAGCGACGUUAAUGAAUGAACCACGCAGCACAAAGGAAGCUGCAAAGAGCCGUGCUGCAGCCAAUGUUCGUUCGUCUAGCGUUGGAAGUAUAAGUUGUGUGGGUAAGACGGGGGAGGAGCCGCCAUUUCUAAAGGUCCCAGAGGGCCAGAAGUGGCCAUCAGAUAAAGCAGCUAGUCUGAGACGCAGUAAGGGGAGCCAGGCAAAGGAUGAGAGCACUGUGAAUAUCAGGAGCAGCUCUAGCACUAACACUCUAACCAGGAGGAAGGAUGGAAGGAAACAGAGCUCCUCCAAAUCUUCACAGGAUACUGAGACAAAACGGAGAUCCAGUACUGGAGUUCAGCCCAGCUACAGCACACCCAGUCUCCAAGAUGGAACUCUGAGGAGACAAAAGGGAGACAGGGCUGAUAGGGAACGCCACAGCACACAAGAAGAAAACUCUAAGAACAAGAUAGCAGACGUGCCUAAGAGCCAUGACGGAAUACUGUCCUUCUUUAGAGGUAGCUUCCUGAAGAAGGAUAAAGAUUCAAGGAAACCCACUGAGGAUGAGUCAGUGAAACCAGUAGUUGAAGAAGAAAGCAGAAGGACCUUGUCGAGGCCAUCACUGUCCAAUGGAGCAGCAGGAGGCCGAACCGGAGAAGAAAGACUCAAGUCCAAAAGCUCAGGCCGUGUGGUUAACGAGCAGGUAAACGGUAAGGUGGGACGCAAAGCAACUGAAAUCAAACGCUCCCAGAGCUCCACCAACAUCCCAACUAAAGCCGAGCAGAGCGUUCGUAGGACGGCAUCUUUGCACCGUAAUGGGAUGUCAACAACGCCAGCACCAUCGCGCAGUCUGACAAGCGACAAACCAUCUCACGGCACCUUGCAGAGGACUCGUUACAGCACAACCUCACUGGGGCGCAAAAAGACAGUCCCUGAGUCCAGCUUCUAACACAGAGACACAUAAAGCCUUUUUCCUAAAAGAAAGUGAAGGACAUUAAAUCUCCAAGAUCAAAGCAAUAGUGCUCCAUUCACAGUAAUACACCUUUUUUGUUCCUGGAAAAUUAACCGAGUCAAGUAGUUUGCUCCAUGUAAGACACAGAAUAAAUGAAAGGUCCUCUGCUGCUCAAGAGGGCAUUAAUGAGCAAAAUUAGGUGAUAUGACCUGUCCAUUAAAUAUGAGAGGGAGUCCUUCUCCAUUCUAUUUUUUAUGACCCAAAUAAGUGCCUGAUCAGCCGAUAUGCAGUUUAGACCGAUUGGUUUAUGUCAGUUUAGAACUGAAAGCACGCAGCAGCACACCUACAAACAUACUGUACACAUAUGUGUCUUAUUAACGUAGCGUGAGCGUUGGAAGUCAUCACUCUGUUUCGAACUCUUACGGUUGCUGCUUACAAUUAAGACACACUGAUUGUGUUCAUUUAUAAGAAUGUACUGUGUCUACUUGAUAAACGGUGGUGCUUUGAGACCUAAAUCUCUGAAUAAUGUCAGUUGUUUAUUUUUAAUACUUUGUUUAAAGCACAGUAUGUUUUAUUUUUUAAAGGAUUGAUUUUUUUUCUUUUUCCUAAAUGACCCAGUCUGCAGCAGCGGUUGAUUCAGUGAUUUAUAGCUGAGCCUGACUAAGUGAACACUUUAAAAACACUAUUGUUUACUGUGAAUUGUAAGAUUAAUACACUAUCCCUUAGUGUUCUAGUAAUGACUGUUGAAUAUUAAACUGUUUGUUUUCUUCUAUUGCUACUUUCAUGUACCUAUCCCGUCGUGUCCCUUAAUGGUAAAUAAUUGUUUCCCUUGCUUUCCUAACACCUGAUGACUGUCAACAGUUUAAUGUCAUCAUUCGUGGAGGGGAGGACCACAAAAAGCAAAGCAAAAGAGAGUGACUUCUGCUCGUGACUUAAAAAACAAAAACAAAAAAAAAAACAGGAUGUGGCCACACAAAAUCCUGUCUUAUUGAAGCUGUGACUGAUAGAAAAAUUCUGCCUCUCUGGGCAUGAUUUUGAUGAGUAUACCUCCAAAAUUGAUGGUCUGCAAAAUUACUGGUUACUCUUUGAUAGUGACUGAUUUUUACCAGAACAUGACAUUUACUUAGGAAAUAGUGACUAUUUGGCCAGUAGGAAAAUGGACAGAAAAUACAAGGCAUGGAAGAUUAGGGAGCAGUGUUUGUUAUAGUAAAGAAAAUCUAUUCUAUAAAACUACAGAAGAGAAAUAGAGUAUACAUGAUAAUAUGCAUUUUCCUUUAUUUAUAGAUUUACUGUCUAUUUACUGUUGCAGAAUUGUUUUUGUUUAUUUUUUAAAGUGUGGCACAGUAAAUGCUAUGUUAUGUUACUUUAAUUUUGGUUGUUUAGGCUAAGCUAAUUUAGCUGUUCCCUUCUGAAUCCAUCCUAAUGGUUCUGGAUAUUUUCCCUGUCCACAUGUUUUAUAUGUAGGGGCAAAAAAGUAUACUAAUAUAUUUUAUUAAACUCUCUUUUUGUUUUGUAAAAAUACUUUUUUUUUCAAAUUGCUACCUUUUCCAAUAUAUACAUCCUUCUUAUUUAAAUCAUUAGUUGGACUGCAUGCAGGCAAUAUAAAGUAGAGCGAACUGAUUCUCAAAAAAAUUCAAGGACAACUUCCAAACAUCCGAACGCAGCAUAAUGAUUUAAUCUUCUUCAUCUAGCUGUCCUACAGAUCGACAUAUAAUUUGAUGUUAUGUUUAUUAAUUUCUCAUCAACAGCACCUUGGUGCAAUCUUGCAGCCUUCAAGAUAACUGAAUGGCCAAAUAUUCUGAUGAAUUUCUAUCAAAAAUCCAGUUUAUUAUUGAGUAAAUACCUUAGUACAAUCCUCUCUUUGUAUCUAUAAUCACCAUGAAUAUACAGCUUUCUUCUAUAAUCUAGGAAUUAAAAAGCAGUAUCCCUUUUAUUGUACAAAAACUUCUACUUUUACUUAAUUUUAACAUCUGAAAACCAAUGCUAAUAUUUAGUAAACUAAUUCAGACUAUCCUGAUAGCAAAUAAUCUUAUAUUUAUGCCAAAUGCACAUGUGCAAUUAUUUCUUUCUUCUUUCUUGACUGUAACUUUGCAUCAGUGGGUUAUACUAGAGAGUAUUAGAGAAUAGAACAAGCUUUGUGUCUUUGUAAUGGUAGAAGGAGGGGUACAAGGUACUAAGAGCUUAUGCACAUUUGACUAUGAGUAUUGUGUGCUUUUGUUUUGUGUAUUGAAAAGCACAUAUGUUCGAAGUAAACAGAUCGACACUAAAAAGCUUCAGUUGCUGCUAUAGCUAGCUUGUCGUAGUGCCUCUGUUGAAACACUGGAGAGAAUGUUGAAGUACAAUCGAGCAGUUGAAGCAAACUCUUAUGAAAGUAGGUUUUCUAUGCACAUCACAAAUGGAGAUCUUUCUGUCAUUGUUUUGUUUACAAGUCAGACACUGGAUUUAAUAUUUUUUAAUGUCGUUAUCAAAAGUGCAAACAGCUGUUUCUUAUCGUCACUUACUUUUAAGUUUUAGUAUCUGAUGCAAGGGUUUGGUAGCUCUGCUAAACAUAUCUGGUUUGUGUUAAAUGUUUUGGACAGAUCUGAGUUUACCUGUGAAGACUAUUUCCUUCCUCAGGAGCUCCGUGAAGGAUGUCAGGCGCUUAAUUGCACAUUUAUCACUCCAACCGACCCCCACCCACGUUCCUAUGCUCCCAAUUCCCGUCAUGAAUGUUUGAAUUUUCUUUGCUUGUUGUAGUUUUCGAUGUGAGCAACCAAAACUUCAAAACUAUGUUUUCUUUGUGGCCUUUAAGGUGCCUGCCUGAGAUUUGACUUCAAUGGGAUUAUUGCAUGUUUGUGUUGUACAGUUCAGUCUGCAGACCAAGAUGUGUGUUUUGUUUUGAACCAAAAGUCAUAUCGACAAAUGAUUUAGUCCUGAUUAGUUAUAUGUUUGGGAAAAGAUAUAACUUGUUACGGCAGAUAAGAUUUAUAGGUAUUUGCUUUAAAAGACGUUAUUUUUUUUAAGGGUGUCUUUCUUUUUUAACAUUCGUUUGAAUUUCUUUAUUUGGUAGGGGGCAAAAAAUUUGUGCCAACAUUCAACAAGUCAAAGUUGCAGGCUUCGUUUUCUUCUGAAAUGUCAAGAGGGAUUGGUGGUGGCUUUGUUUUGAUGAUGGCUGCUGCAUUUAUGUCCUCAACAGUAAUUCACAAAGACUGCUGUUCUCAAACACACAAGUAGCACAUUCAACAAAAAGUCAGAAAUUGCUAUAAUUAGAGAGCUGAUAAAAUGACACAGAUUUCUGUUUUUCACAGGCUUGCUCUCGUCAGCAGACUGACAAGUAUUUCUUUCUAUUUAACAUAACAAAUGCAAACAUUCUCACAAUGUGGCCUGUGGUAUACGAUAAAAUGUGUGAAAUAUUUCCUUUCAACCAGUGAAACUGACAUAAAGCCCAGCAGGUUAUUGAAACCUGUGCAAAUUCUCACCCUUACUGCUAAAAACUUGUAUAUUACAAUUAUCAGUGAAAUAGCCGGUGUGUUAGAUGUAAGUUAGAAACUUUAAGUGACACACGGUCUGUUUUGGUUUUCUCAACCCACAUGUGGCCACAUACAUGCAGUGUUUAUCAAACUGAGCACUUUUAUGUGGUAAGAGAUGUUUUUUAUAUGCAAUUUUUCUACAAUUUUUCUAAGUAAAAUCUCUGUAUAUAUUUGUGUAUAAACGCAGAGGGGAAUAUAUGCGUGUGUGUGUGUGUGUGUGUGUGUAAGAGAGAAAUAAAUGAAUAAAUAUGGACGCAGCGCCUGCAUGGUGUAGUGUUUGGGAAUGAACUGUCAUGCACUGUUUUCCAUUGCAUUGCACAAGUUGGUUUUCGCUACAGUUUCUGCUUAAAUUGUCAUCUGUACAUGAUGGUAUAUUAUAUAUAUUUGUUAUAUCAUAUUCUAUUUUUCAAUAUAACAAAUAAAAAUAUGUUAUUUA